AUGUUGCAGGAUUUCUCCGAGCAGAGAGAGAUGGCCAAACAGCCGGCCAAUGCUCCUACCGGUUGUAACCCGUUGCACCAGCCGGAGGGAGUUUCAGCAAACAAACCGGAUAAUGCCUUUAACCAAACGUCCGCAGCAUACCCGGCCCCUCAGCCAGCACAAUCCAACGAGAGCAAAACUUUCUGUCCCACGGAAAAUAAACCAGGAGAACCGGGAGAAGUCAAAGUCUAUGGGACGUUUAAAAACGCCGCUCUGCCGGUGCCCGGGGACCCGCUUAGGGUCACCGGGGAUCAAAACAAUGCAUCGGGCAACUGGACCACCAUGAGCCAGACCACCAUCAUUCUGGGCGCAGAUGGCAACACGUCUGUUCAGCCCGGCGCGGUGAUGUGGGAGGAAGACGAGGACGAGAGUGGAGAUGAGAAUAAGGCCAGGGGAAACUGGACUAAUAAAUUGGAUUUCAUCCUGUCCAUGGUUGGCUAUGCGGUGGGACUGGGAAACGUGUGGAGGUUUCCAUACCUUGCCUUCCAAAAUGGUGGAGGUGCUUUUUUGAUCCCCUACCUUAUAAUGUUGUGCCUCGCCGGGAUCCCUAUCUUUUUAUUGGAGGUUUCCCUGGGUCAGUUUGCCAGCCAGGGCCCCGUGUCCGUGUGGAAAGCCAUCCCGGCUCUGCAAGGUUGCGGGAUUGCCAUGUUGAUAAUAUCUGUCUUGAUAGCCAUAUACUAUAACAUUAUUAUGUGCUGGACACUGUACUACCUGUUCGCUUCGUUGAAGGGCUCACUGCCAUGGGCUAACUGUAAGAACGAGUGGAACACGUUGGACUGUAAGGACAAAGACAUGCUUCUCUUAGACACGUGUAUCCUCCAUGAUAAAAACAUCACCUCUGUAAAGAACAGCUCGUUCUGUCUGUCGGCUCAAGCCAUUGGAAACCUGACCAAACUGGUUAACAUGACCUUUCCGGAUAACAAAACUUACGUCAGCCCCAGCGAGGAGUACUUCAAGUACAAUGUCUUGCACAUCUCCAAAGGGAUAGAGUACCCUGGAGACAUCCGCUGGCCCCUCGCAGGCUGCCUGUUGCUGGCCUGGUUGAUAGUCUACCUCUCCCUGGCCAAAGGAAUCAAGUCAUCAGGGAAAGUGGUGUAUUUCACAGCUACGUUCCCCUAUGUGGUUCUGGUCAUUCUGUUGUUCAGAGGAGUGACCCUCCCAGGGGCUGGUGACGGCAUCCUCUACUUCAUUACACCCAAGUGGGAGAAACUCAAUGAUGCUAAGGUUUGGAAGGAUGCUGCCACCCAGAUUUUCUUCUCUCUGUCAGCAGCCUGGGGAGGCCUCAUCACACUGUCUUCUUACAACAAGUUCCACAACAACUGCUACAGGGACACCAUCAUAGUGUGCAUAGUUAACAGCGCCACCAGUAUAUUCGCUGGGUUCGUCAUCUUUUCCGUCAUUGGAUUCAUGGCCCACGAACUGAAGGUGCCCAUUGAGAAGGUGGCUGAUGAAGGUCCAGGCAUAGCGUUCGUGGUGUACCCAGAGGCUCUGACCAGACUCCCACUCUCUCCGUUCUGGGCCAUCAUCUUCUUCCUCAUGCUGUUGACCCUCGGCCUGGAUACCAUGUUUGCCACCAUUGAGACCAUAGUGACGUCGGUGUCAGAUGAGUUCCCCCAGUACCUGAGAAAGAACAAGCCUCUGUUCACACUCAUCUGUUGUGCAUGUUUCUUCUUCCUGGGAUUCCCUAUGGUCACAGAGAAUGGGAUGUACAUGCUCCAGUUGGUGGACACAUACGCUGCUUCUUACUCUCUGGUAAUCAUUGCCAUCUGUGAGCUGAUCGGAAUCUCCUACUUCUAUGGCCUGCAGAGGUUCUGCGAGGACAUUGAAAUGAUGAUUGGCUUCCAACCAAACCGCUUCUGGAGAAUCUGCUGGGCCUUUGUGACUCCUACCAUUCUGACUGGUAUCCUGGGGCUGAGUCUGUACCAGUGGAAGGUGAUGACCUAUGAGGACUACACCUACCCCACCUGGUCCAUGGUGAUGGGCUGGCUGAUGGUGUUGUGUUCUGUCAUCUGGAUCCCAAUCAUGUUUCUCAUCAAAAUGCACUUGGCCCCAGGCAGCUUUACAGAGCGUCUGAAGCUGGUGUGUUCCCCUCAGCCCGAUUGGGGUCCCUUCCUGGCCAAGCACAGAGGGGAGCGCUACAAGAACAUGAUGGACCCCCAUGGAUCCAACUCCCUGGGCCUCAAACUGCCCCCCAAAGAUUUCCAGCUGGGCGCCUACCAGUAGCAGCCUCCACUACAACCACCACCGCCACUUCAGCAGGGGGACCAGGGGAGAGAGAGAGCAGCAGCCUACCACUGCCCUCUCCCACACCUAUUCCUCUUUUUUCCUGUUCUCCACUCUACUUCAUCUCUCCGGUUUCCUUCCUCUUUCCCAUCAACGUGGGUGAGAGAAAAGCAAGCCAACACAUCGCCCACUUUUUUUCCUGGUUCUCCUGUUCACCUCCCCUGCUCCCUUCUACACUCUAUAGCAAAGUGGGGCUGCCCUCCUCUACAACAUUGCUUUCUCUGGCAGGCACCCAUGCUAUACCCUACCCUCUCUCUCCUUAACCCCUGACCUGAGAAUGGUCUGUCCUCUGCCUCCUGCCCAUGCACAGCCAUUACGCCAGAACCCUUUCUUACUGAGGGGAUCUCUAUUCCAAGAGAAAAAUGUACCGUCUCACAAUAUUGCAAUGGCAAUAUUCGACUGCUCAUGACAAAAAAAUCAAAUCAAAUUGUAUUUGUCACAUGCUUCGUUAACAACAGGUGAAGACUAACAGUGAAAUGCUUACUUACGGGUCCUUUUCCAACAAUGAAGAGUUAAAGAUACAUUUUAAAAAUAAAAUAGUGACAGAAGGAAUAGAUACACAGGGAUUAACGAAUAACAAUAAUGGAGUAAAAAUAACAUGGUACUGGUACUCCCUGUAUAUAGCAGAGUCGAUAUGCAGGGGUACGAGGUAAUUGAGGUAGAUUUGUAUAUAUAGGUAAGGGUAUAAAG